AUGACCAAAACCGAAUGGCAAACAAGUUUAAGCGAGUUAGUCGAGGAGGUGAAUGAACCGAAAGGCAUGAAGGAGCGAGUUCCCGACUUGACUACAGCCUAUGACUUCAGUGCUAGUAAUGUGGCGGAGGCGAGUAGUUCUAGAUCCGGCAAAGCAAGUAGCUACGGCGGCCGACUCGAAACCCCUAUGACCGUGGUGGCAAAUCCCGGUAGGGAUCGAGAGAGAUUUCCAAGGAAAUUAGAACCGCCAGCUUACAACGGAGAAGAACCGGGGGCUUUGAUAUUUCGAGCUGAAUGA